UGUGUCGCGCAACAUCAACUUGAUCCACGUGCGUUGCAUUGCGCGUCGUGCGAUCUCCAGCAAGAUGGGUCGAUCUCGCCGCAAAUACGAUGCCAAAGCAAGGAGCUCACAACAGAAAAACUCCACAGACAACGAAAAACCGUCUGAGGUCGAAGUGGAACUAGAUGUGAGGCAGGACAAGUACGACAACAGCAAUGCCUUGGUACUGCCUUCCAAGAAAGUUGAAAAGAAAGAAGCCAGCAAAGUUCAAGAUGUCAAGGUGGCCCCAAAGCUGUCCAAGAAGAAGAAGAAACUUCUGCAGAAGAUUUUGGAAAAGAAGAACAAGAAGAUCAAUAGGGCUCACCUCUUGGAAGAGCUGCAGAAGUCACAGGCCAGCCAGAAGGAGCUGUCUAUGCUGAUUUCCACAUCCACCAUGCAGACGAAAGGUCUGAAACGCCUCGGCGAGCUCACGACUGCGCCUCAGCCAGACGAGAAGAAGGGGCCGGCACGAAUAAGCAGUGUCAAAGGGAGCAGGCGAAUGGCACCCAAGAGAGCCCGCAUCCAGAGGGACGACGUCUUAGGUUUCGACUCGGAAUCGUCUGAAUCUGAAGACAGUGCAGCAGACGACGACGAGCCAUCGCCCAGUGAGGAGGGGUCUAGUGAGAACCAGGCUGCUCUAGAACCGAAGGAGAAUGGGAAAGACGAGGGUACUGACAACCCAGAGAGCGAUGCUGUAACAGAGAGUGCAACCGAAAAGACAGUCGAAGAUGCUCAGGCUGCUUCAGUAGCGACACCAGAGGAAAACACACAGCAGCCUCCAGCGAAACCUGUUAGACAUUCCACGCCUUCGGUGUUUAUGCCCGUUCACAGGACUGAAGAAAUUCAAAAUGCUCGGCAUCAGCUUCCAAUUCUGGCGGAAGAACAAAGAAUAAUGGAAGCCAUAUCGGAACAUGAUGUCGUGGUGAUUUGUGGCCAAACUGGAUCAGGAAAGACAACGCAGGUUCCCCAGUUUCUUUACGAAGCUGGAUACACCAGGGAAAAAAUGGUGGGCGUUACUGAGCCUCGACGAGUGGCUGCCGUGUCCAUGUCAAAGCGAAUUGCCGAGGAGAUGAGCCUUUCCUCUUCAGAGGUCUCGUACCAAAUCCGCUUUGAAGGAAAUGUCACAGGCGACACUAAGAUCAAGUUCAUGACAGAUGGUGUCCUUCUGAAAGAGAUUCAAAAUAACUUUCUGCUCACUGGCUACUCUGUAAUAAUAAUUGACGAAGCUCAUGAAAGAAGCAUCUACUCGGACAUCCUGAUUGGCCUCCUGUCAAGAAUCGUGCCGCUGCGACGACGGAAAGGAAGCCCACUGAAACUCAUCAUUAUGUCGGCAACACUCAGGGUGGAGGACUUCACACAAAACACUCACCUCUUCAAGAAGCCCCCGCCCGUCAUCAAGGUGGACUCCAGGCAGCAUCCUGUAACUAUCCACUUCAACAAGCGGACACCCGACGACUACAUGCACGAAGCAUACCGCAAGGUGUGCAAGAUCCACCAACAGUUACCCGAAGGAGGCAUCCUAGUCUUUGUCACAGGACAGCAAGAGGUCCUGACAUUGUGCCGGAAGCUGAAGAAACGGUUUCCUGAAAAUCAUGGGUUUCACGGUCAGGAUGGGGGAGAUCCAAACCAAGGUUUCAGUGAGGUCAAGAAAGCUGGAGGCAGUGAAGCUCCUCCAAAGGCUGAGGCAAAGACCAAGGGUGUCAACCUGGAUGACUAUUCUGUGGUACCCCUAGAUGAAGGGCAAUUGGAAGAACUUGUAAAAGACAAUGAUCAGGAGGAUGGUGACCUCUCCUCCUCUGAAGAGGAUGACCUCAUGGAGGAAGUUGCUCCAAAUAAGAAUGUUCAGCCGCUUACUGUUCUUCCGCUGUUCUCCUUGCUUCCCUCAGAAAAGCAGGCCAAGGUGUUUCAAGCCCCACCAGAAGGCACCCGGCUAUGUGUUGUUGCAACCAACGUUGGUGAAACAUCCCUGACCAUUCCAAACGUUAAAUAUGUCGUGGACUCUGGCAAGGUGAAAAUGCGUGUCUACGACAAGGUGACCGGAAUAUCUGCUUUCCUCAUAUCUUGGGUCUCCAAAGCGUCUGCCGACCAAAGGGCUGGCCGAGCGGGCAGAACGUGCCCUGGCCAUUGUUACAGGUUGUACUCAUCAGCGGUGUUCAACGAUGAAUUCCAGAAGUUCACACCACCUGAAAUAACGCGAAGACACGUCGAGGACCUAGUCCUACAAAUGAAGGCGAUGAACAUAGACAAGGUCGUGAAUUUUCCCUACCCCUCACCGCCUGAUAAGGAAGCUCUCAAGGCCGCUGAAAAGAAGCUCAUCCUCAUGGGCGCUCUGGAAGAGCUUCCCAAGCCAACGCGUUUCAAGGAUCUGCCAAAUUGGGAGUGGAGUGCACGAAUUACACCCCUGGGGCGCGCCAUGUCGUGCUUUCCUGUGAGCCCCCGCUAUGCCAAGAUGCUGGCCCUGUCGCACCAACAUGGUCUGCUGCCUUACAUCAUCGCUGUGGUGGCUGCCAUGACUGUACAGGAAGUGUUCAUCUCUAUGGGGUUCUCCUCUACGGAAGGCGACAAGCAGGAUAAACAAGCAAGGUGGAAGAAAGUUCGAGAAAUGUGGGCAGGACAGGGUCAUUCUCUGGCACUUGGGGAUGUCAUGGUGUUGCUCAAAGCAGUUGGUGCAUCCGAGUUUGUCGGCUGCACGGCUGGGUUCUGUGAAAGCCACGGUCUGCGUUACAAGGCGAUGGUGGAGAUCAGGAAGCUUCGCAUCCAGCUCACAAACGAGUUGAACCUACUCAUUCCCAACCUGAACCUGUCAGUCGACCCAGCCAUGGAGCCACCAACAGACCUGCAGGCGAAACUCAUUCGUCAGGUUCUGGUCAUGGGCUUCAGUGACCACAUUGCCAAGAAAAUGACGGACGAAGAGAGGUGCAGUCAGACAGAAAACAUCAUUGCAAAGAAUGCCUAUAAGAGCAUGGAAGUAGAUGGCCCCGUGUUCAUCCAUCCCAACUCUGUGCUGAGCAGCAAGCAGCCGCCAUUUGUUCUCUACCAGGAGAUCUUUGAGACAACCAAGAUGUUUAUGCGAGUGGUCGCAGAAGUGGAACCCGAGUGGCUGCCUGUUUACGCCCCAAAGUACUGCACAUUCUCGUCUCCUUUGGAAGAUCCACCGCCACGCUAUGACCGCAAGAAAGACAAGCUCCUCUGCUCUGUGACAUCAACGUUCGGGCCCCACACAUGGCAGAUGGAGGCCGUGGAACAGGAAUUCCCCGAAGGCCUUGACAAGUUCCGGUGGUUCGCACGGUUCCUGCUUCAAGGAGACGUACUUCCCUUUUUCAAAAAGUACAACAAGCUACUCCUGUCGCCGCCCAUCACCAUGAUCAAGAGUUGGGCACGGUUGCAGCCCCGAACCGAACACCUUCUGCAGGCCUUGGUUUCCCAGUCUGCUGACUCGAGACAGAAGUUGUGCGACUUGUGGGACAGAGAGCCGAAGUACCUGCUGAAAGAAUACCUGGAGUGGAUACAAGAGAGUCUUCACAAUGAAGUCGCUCUAGCAUGGCCUCCAAAGCCAAAGUGAACUUGCUCAUGAUCUACCUUCACGUUUCAUGUACAUAAAGAAAUAAAUUUUAAGUUAUUGUUUCGAAAAA